AUGGAAGCCCAUAUCGGUUCGGACAACGGCCCCGGGCUUUCCGCUCCGACGUAUGGACUCCCACAUUUGAUCGACGAGAAGGAGGAGGGCAAGUAUCCAUUGCUGCUUGUAUACCUGGCUGAGCAAACUUCAGCCGAACAAGCUUAUCUUGCUGUUCGCCUACAAGACUUCCUCGGAAAGGAAAAUGUUACACUCACGAGAUGGCAACCGUCACCGGCGCUGCUAUGUCGGGUCGCCCUCCAAGGCUCUUACCCAGACAGCCAGGCUAACAUUCACGCAACGGCUACCUUGGCAUAUAGGGCUGGAUGGACAAGAUUUCUUGUAGCAGAUGGCCUCACCCAGCGUCAGCUGCAUGGGAAUCUUCGUAUGGGGGAGGACCCACUUCUUUCACUGGUCAUGGUCAUUGUCAAACCAGAGCCAGCUACCUUAUCCCCAGCGGGCGAUUUUUGCGUCUUCGCAAAGCGGACCACUGUAGAUGGGAGCAGCGAAGCCGAAUUCCUACAGAAACUACGCAACGUGCAACCACCAAAGAAAUCUGCUAUGCAUAACGUUCAACGCGAUCGAUAUUACGAUCCUGGCCUCACUCUCUAUGAACCAGACCGGCCGCCGUUUACCACCGACAGAGCGUCCUAUCUCAGUCACGAAGAACGUUUCAAUGUUGCCGAGGCCUUAUUGACAAAAUACACGCCUUUGCCACCGGAGCUGGUGGGUCAAGUCUUAACUUAUCUUUCAGGCGCCAACGAGGGUCCUUCAGGGCUGCCGUCGUGGAUACACCACAGCGCACAGCGCUUGAACAUCUUUCUCCUGUUUCCGGCGACACCACCCGAGCUUCAUCAAAUUCAAACCAUCUUCCAGGAUGCCAUUGAAGACUACCGGAAGAUCGAGCGCUCCGGUGUCCGGUCAUAUACCAUUACCUUUAUCCCGUGGGAAUAUCACAGAGCCAGGUCUCGCCGUGAAAUCGCAAACCUGUGGGAGGCGUAUCGGCUUAGAGCGGGGGACAACUCAGCCCCAUUUAAUAUCUACUUUCUCCAACAAAUCCCUGUCACUCAAAACGCUCACGACCUCGAACUAGGAAUUGUCAAGUACGAACGGGGCGAUAUGCCAAAUGUGGCACGAAUAUCCCUGAAAAACAUAAUCAUUGACAGAGGCCCGUGGACCGAAAUGAUGAGGAGACGAGGAAUAUCCGCAGAACACUAUAUGUAUAGUAAAAAGGUCGAGCCGGAGUUACUGUAUUCGCCCAACCAGCCAUUCUACACCAACCCGCCGCGAUGGCUGUCAGCAAAGAAAGGACAAUACACUAUACCAGUGUUUUAUCUCACGAAUAGCUUUCCCACGUCCGAUAAAGACAAUAUAGAAAGAGAAAUUCGCACAAUAGGCGAAGUGGAAGAGAAUCACUGGGGAACUAAAAUCGCAUGUUACGUUCCCUGGGAGGGUGAAGCCGACGGCACCCUCGACGACGUCUGGAAGAUCUUCUGGGAAGUCUUCACCUAUCGCGGAGAACGCGACAGCCAAUUCCCUAUUUUCUUCAUCGACGCACAAUCGGCGCUGGAUAACACCGUCCUAGUUGUCCAUCCAGAUCACUUGUGGUUUGACCAAUCCAACCAUAGAGCGCUGGCAAUGCUGCAGAAUGUGCUGUAUCCCAGUGUGCGUGGGCUUCAGUAUGGUCGGGUGCCGGGUCGAGAGGCGCAUACUGUGCGUGCUAAUGUUAGCACCGGGAACAUGUUCUUCGAGGAGUUUACACGACCCCAACGCUUUCCGAGACCGGACUGGCCUUGUCAUGGGUUUACGGCAGCGCAGGUGUGA